CGGUGAGAGUUGCACUCGCGGGAAAAAUGGCGGAAACGUGUGGUCCCUUCAUGUAAUCAGCAUCAGCGAUUCAAAACAUCGCAUCGAAAAAACCUCGUCUUGUGUUUGUCUGCCCGCAUUCAGUGCACGUUCCAGCCACAUGAAGCAAAGUCAAGCUGCCGGCGCCGAGUCUCGGAUCAAGUCUGUCCAUUGCAGUCACUGCACACUCCUCUUCGAAUCCAAAGUCUACCUUUUUAAACAUCUGAACGAGGUGCACGGCUUGGAUGUGGAUACCGCUCUGAGAGCUGCCGGUUUACAAAACCCUGAGGCUGACAAAGUCAACAGUGAUGACAAAAGCAACAGUUCCGGAAAUAACCUCUCAUGCCGGCGCUGUGAUUUUACAGCCUGUGGUCGGGAGGGUUUAAAUGAACAUGAGAAACAGUGUAACAGAAAAUCUGAGAAGCAGAACGGGUUGAGAAAUCUUAUAAUCUCUGCAGACAGGGAGACCAAAAUAACUGUCAUUCCGGCAAACCAGCGCAAGGAAGGUGCAGUUAUGUCUACCUCAAAAACUACAUGCUCACUUAACUCAUCAAAGGAUCUGAAAACACACAAGAGGCCGGUGCAAAUUCAAACCAUCACCAAAUACUUUCCAGGACCGUCUGGAUCAAAUGGGGAACCCUCAGUGAAGUUAGCUGAGAGCCCAGUGCUUCUAGAUCACACCAAAGGAACCCUGAUUUUGCAAGAAUCUCCCUCAAGCUCCAGCCCAAACAGUAGCGGUGUGUUUAAAGUCACUGCGAAGUCCAUGAUUGAUCUCUCCAAAACUGUUUCCGACCAAUUUAUGCUAAAUGACCGCCCUUUAAAUACUGACCUGAGGAGACACCCAAAGCCUGCGGAAAAAUCCAAAGACAUGGCUCCUAACAGUGUUGGCAAGAGGACCAGUUGUGAAAGCCCGGAAAGGUGUCCUGCUAAAAAAGCAAAGACAGACAAAGAAGAGGCAAAGCUCCCGGAGAAAGCAAAGGUAAGUAAACAACAAUCAUCAAGCAGCACAGAGUUUUCAUUUGACAUCCGUGAAGAUGAAGAAGAUAAGAAAGUUCCUCUUUUUAAUGGAGACAGAGAGAGCCCAGAAGUUUAUUUUUGUAAGCACUGUGACUACAGUGAUGUGGGCGUCAGAAGCGUGUCUGCACAUUACCAGAAAGACCACCCAUACAUAAGAUGUAACGCCGUCUACAUUCGGGAUCCGAGUGAUCGGAGUGCUACCUUUCGUUGCCUGGACUGUCCAGUUGAGUUUUUAAGUAUAGCUGACCUCAAGAGACACUAUGCAGAAAAUCAUCCAAAGGCGCCCAAAGUAUUCGCGCAUUCGCGUGAACUCAGUUUGGUUUUCAAAUGUUUCGUGUGUCCAUUUACCACCAACGAAUUGAAGGCCUUGAAAGAACAUUACAAGGAAAAGCACCCAAAACAUAAAGUGGAUAAUGGGUUGUUGGACUGCAGAUAUUCAGCGACUAGAUGCCAAGAGGGAUCAUCUCAGUUGAGUGCAUGUGAAAAAACACACAGCCCAGAAAGAUCAGAAGGGAUUUCUCCCAAGAUUGCAAAUACACAGUAUGAGGAAGUCAAAAAUGCAUCCUCACCCCAGCAUCUCACCUCCAAAGGAGCAGACGCGGUUCUGUAUCAAUGCAACAACUGUAACUUUACGCAUAAGUCAGCUGUUGUUAUGCACGCCCACUAUCAAAAAGGCCAUCCAGAUGAUGCAGUCACGAUAGAAAAAAUCAAACAGUCGGCUCAUGUCGCACCACAGACAACAUCACAGAGGACACCUGAGAAGUCACAGCAAGAGAUUUCCCUGUCUGUGAUGAAUCUGAAGCACGCACCAGACGCUUCUAAGACUCGUUCGGAGUCUCCCAAAACGGAGAAGGUGAAAUCUGCAGAGGACAGAGGCCAAACAAAGAUGUCACCUACCAAAUGUGACAGGGAAGUGUUUGCAGGAAUGGACAGUUUAUACUCCAGUUUACCGAGUAAAAUGUUUUACUGCCAGUUUUGCAGUUAUUCAAGUAUCAACAUCAGAAGCGUUGUUGGUCAUCAAAACGCAAAACAUGCUGCACAUCGACUAACAGGUACUGAACAGAUCUUGUCGUAUACUGCUGAGGUGCAAAAAAAGAAACUGCAAAGUGAUGCUGAGGCCUCAGCAAGUACUGCAUGUUCUGAUUCUCAAACUAGUAAACGUGUUAAGGUGUGUAGUGAAAAAGAACUUCAACAUGAAGAGGAUGACGUAGCAGAUGCUUCCAUGACGGCAUUAAAUCCUUAUGCAUGCGCAGAAAAGUUGUUUUACUGCCAAAAGUGCAACUUUGGAAAUCCAACUGUAAAAGGGGUAUUGAACCAUCAAGCCAUAAUUCACCGGCACAUUAAUUCCAACAGAGAAUGUAUUAUUAAACAUACAGCUUUGAUCCGGGAUGAAAUUGAAAAAUCCAAAUCUCACACAAAGGAGUUAUCCUUUUCUACUCGUCUACCUCUUCCACUUCUGAAUGAAGACGAUGAAAAUAUGUUUUUCUGCCACUUUUGCAACUAUAGACAGAAUACCCUCAAUCAUGUAAUAAAGCAUUACUUCAAAAGACAUCGUGGAUUUGAGAUUAAGGCCGAUCAAAUCCAUCUGUAUACUUCCAUGGUUCUCAAACAGACACAGAAAUUGCACUUAAAAGCAACUGCAAACCAAGAAGUUAAUUGUGGGAAAAAAGGAAAUAAAAAGACAAAAACAAAGACUCUUGCCAAGUGCUUGUCAUUUUCCGCGUCACCCUCAGUGAGAGCCACACAAACACAAAGGACCCUUCAGUGCCAUAGAUGCACAUACAGCAGUCAGUAUGUGUAUCAUUUGAGAAGGCAUAUGUGGAAAACCCACCGGGCGAAUCGCUCAGUCAGUGAUGUUUUGAGAGUGUGCUUUAAACAAGGAAUGUUACAGUCAGGGUAUCACUGUGACCUGUGCGUUUUUUCUCACGAAGAUGCAGCAGCAGUCCAUAGUCACUACCAGGAUAACCACCCGGGACGUAGAGUGACCCUUGAGUACGUCUCCACUCAGUUAUAUGUCGGUCCCGACGCAACCCCCCCUCAAAGGAAGAAACCUCAAAUAAGGCACACUGAUGGUAUCAGUGACGGCGAUGGCACUGAUGCCACCGUACUGUCCCAAAGAUUUGGACAAAAUGAAACCAAGACGUACUCGUGCAGAGCAUGCUCAUUUAAAGGCAGCUCGAUGUCGAGUAUCACACGCCACUACCGAGCCGUUCACCCUUGGUCCGUGAAAGAAGACGGCUCAGUCCUGAAUGUCAUCACCAACAAGAAGUCAAGUGCAAACAGCCAAGUGGAAGACCCCAAUGAAAUACCAGGGUUAUUUGACGCCUACCAAGUGCCUCUUGAAUUUGGCAUGUCACCUGGUUCUCCUCGUGAAGCAACAGCAUCUCCCACAAUGAUCCAGUGCCAUUAUUGCCCUGCAAGGUUUCAAACCCAGCGGGGUCUCAGCACUCACUGUGGAAUGAAACACCAAGAAGCUGUAACUGGAAGUUUAUAUGAACAGUGUGAACAGCAUGAACAGCACGAACAGCAAGAACGGCAUGAACAGCAAGUACAAAUCCAAACACGUGUGCACGUCUUUAAGUGUCCAUAUUGUACCUACAUCAAUACCAACUAUCAAGGAAUUCUCACUCACUGCCAGAAGAAGCAUCCUGCCUUGGUAUCCAGGGCGGACAGUCUUCACAUGGAUGAAUCACAUCUACACAGUUGGGACGACGGUUUGAAAAGAAAAGGUUGUGACAGUCUGAAACUUAGUGGGUACAUGUGUAAAACCUGCCCUCAGGUCUAUGCAACGCUGGAGAAAAUGAACAAGCACUGUGAGAACGACCACAAUGAGACUGUGGCGAACACUGUGCCAAACACGCUCAAACCGGCUCCUAAACCAUCAGCUAUGAGUAAAACACAACAAUUUAAUACCCACAGCACUCUCGGAUCAGUAUCGAAGGCUUCCUUUUUACGGAAAAAAAUAUAUGCCGUAAUUAGGUGCCAGCAUUGCAGUUACAGUUGCAGCACAAAAAUUGCGCUUGCUCGGCACUUGCGUGUUCACUACAGGAACGCAUCUGUUUCAAAGAUUAAGGAUUGUGUAUACAAGUGUGUCCUGUGUUCCAGAUCCUAUUUCAGGAAAAAGCGUCUCGGAAACCAUUAUACUAAGAAACAUGGAAAGAACGCUUUCUUAAAAUACUAUGCACCACUAUACAAGCAGGUCCCAGAGAAGACAGUGCUAACAUCUCCUGACUGCCCUACAACUCAGCAACCAGCAAACACUUCUGAGGCAUGUGAGUCUAGCGCAACGACUGAAGAAAACAAAAUAUUAGUCUACAAGUGUCCAACCUGUCCCUAUGUGAAUGCUAGCUACCACGGAACUCUCACUCACUGCCAAAUGAAGCAUCCAGCCCUCAUAGCCAGGGCAGAUGAACUUAAAACGGAUGAAAUACUUGUAACCAACAUAGUCAGGUGUACGAUGGGAAAAGGUUCUAAAGAAAGAGGGUAUAUGUGUAAGAAAUGUCCACAGAUUUAUGCAUCAUGGAUGAAACUGAAAGUCCACAGCGAGAGGUACCACAGUCAGGCAGCGCCAGCAGCUUCUGACCAUUCAGCUGAAACUGAAACUGAAACCGAAAAACAGCCUUAUCCCGGCUCUCAGGGCUCAGUAAUAUCGACAGUGAACCCCACAGAAAUUGACCACAGUCAACAGCAGAGCCUUCCUGAGACGUGUCAAGUGUCAGUGCAAAACAAGGUGUCACUGUACAAGUGCCACAUGUGUACCUAUUCCGGAGUGUGUCGGAGGUAUCUGCAUUGUCACUACAAAAAGACUCACAAAUUGGAUGCCUUCAGCACAUACAAGCUGCUGGAGAAGUAUAACAAGCGUAAACGCAACAAGGCCCGCUGCCUGCUCGAAGCUACAUCCGCGGAAAGUGCACACGUCAGAUGUAAGAAGUGUCCAAACUUAACGUUUGAAUCAUCUCAGCUGCUUAUUGCCCACUACUGUAUCUUUCAUAGCUCAGACUGCAAAUCGGACUUCACUGUGUUAUCACGGGAGUCAAAGAAGAGCACAGGGGUUUACAGAUGCGACCACUGCGGAAAACAGUUGAAUGGAAUUAGAAAGCUGUGUCGCCACCUGGAUCACCAUAGAGCAAGGAUGAAAGAGAGAACACCGGCUGCAAAGACAAAGGCAUCGUUUGUCUUUACGACAACACCAGAGGCCACAUCCAUUGAAAUCUGUACGCAAGAUGAACUGCCCAUUUUAGAAACUGUGGAGGAGCUGACCCAGUGGAAUGUGACACCAGUAGAGACCUUCACUUUGCCAACAAGUCCGCAGUCAUUGCCUUCAAAACACACUGAUCCUGAACAGCCGGAGCUGGAAUCGAGAGAAUACAAACACACUUGCAAACAGUGUGGGCGCACAUUCAUGUCUCUGAAAGGUUUGCGCUCACAUGAGCGCAGCCACGCAGCCCUGGCGGCCAUCAAGAAACUGAACAAUCUGCCCAUCUCGGCAUUGAGGCACAACAUUAACAAAUAUGUCCUCUACAAAUCUGGGACCUUGAGGCCUUUCCUAUGUAGUUUCUGUUCCUAUCGGACAACCGUCUUGGGCCUGUGGAGGAGUCAUUUUAUGAAACAACAUCAGAAUGUCAUUAUGGAUCCUGCAGAGACUGGCCGCCAAGAUGAGGAGAACACUCAGAGGGCCAACAAGGAGCAUCCUAAUUUAUCAGAGGAAAAAAAUUAUUUGCCCGCACCUGAUGAAGAACCUGAAAUGAUUGGAAAAUCGCUGUACUUGGAGCCCCCAGAUGUCCAGCGGCAGUUGAACCACUACAGCUUGAUGGCACAGACUGGUAUCUCGUCUAAGGUGAACCUGCAAGAAACCGAGUUUCCUGAACACAGUCUGCUUCACUGUGAGUUCUGCAAUUUCAACACUGGACACCUGUCUAGCGUGCGACGACACUACUUAAACCGCCAUGGGAAGAAGAUCCUCAGGUGUAAGGACUGCAACUUUUUCACUGGUUUAAGGAAAACCCUGGAGAUGCACGUGGGGACUGGGCACUCUACCUGCCAGUCAGAACCUACUCAUCAGAAGGACCUCCGCUGCCCUUUCUGCCUUUACCAGACCAAGAACAAGAAUAACAUGAUCGAUCACAUUGUCUUGCAUCGCGAGGAACGUGUCGUGCCAAUAGAGGUGCGUCGCCCAAAGCUGUCACGCUACCUUCAAGGCAUCGUCUUCCGCUGUCACAAAUGCACUUUCACCAGCGGCAGUGCUGAAAACCUGCGUUUGCACAUGAUGAGGCACGACGACAUCAAACCCUUCAAGUGUCGGCUCUGCUACUUCGACUGCACUCUGCUGAGCGACUUGGAGGCGCACCUGAGCGAUAAGCAUCAGGUUGUGAGGAAUCAUGAGCUUGUGGGUCAGGUCAGCCUUGAUCAGCUACAGGCAAGGUUGUGUAGGAUGCCGGAGGAGGACGAGGAGCCAUUAUCAAACUUGGAGCACAACAACAAUGAGAAUGAGGAUGUAGAAAUAAAGGAGUUUUUUACAGACUGUAAUGAAGUUCUACGAAAGACACAAGCGGAGAACCCGGCAGAAAGUAACAGCAGGAAGACAGUUACGCUACAGAUGAACGAAGCGUGUCUGAAGCACGAGCAAGACCCACAAGAACCAGCAGGGAUUGUGUUCCUGCCAGACACUGCAAGAGGAAAGAGGAUAGAAGAUAUAGUAGAACAAAAUGUUGGUAAAGGGAGCAAUGCAGCUAUCCAGUCUGAGGAAUGCAGUGGUCCAGAGAGGGAGAGGCAGACGAUUGGGAUCCAAGCCCAACCCAAAGUGAGAGGUAGUGAGGGCAGCAGCAUAAUGUUCACACAGCAGAAAAAGGAGGCGGCGGAGGGGAGCUCAUCAACAUAUGGUAACAUAGCUGAAAAAACAAAGGCCCACAAGUUAAAUAUUAAGGUGCUUCAGCAUAGAACAUUGAGCAUCGAUGCUAGAGUAGAAAAUGAAAUACUGCGUCGUAUCGUAGCGUUGGAUGAGGAUGGCAGCAUCCGCAAGAUACACAAGAAGGCAGAUCGGGAUAGAACGGUUAAGAUAGAGCAGAACAUCGAGACCGACUGUGUAGAUAAGACUCUAGGUCAGUUGCCGGAUGAAGAGGGUAGCAUCAUUUUGGCCCACAACUCAAAACUCAAAGUUGAAACAAACUUUCUGCCCAACCGCGCACAACUUAAGAUAAGCCAUAAGGACAGCUCAGGGGUCUCAUUUACAAAUUGCAAAGAGGAACAAAUGUGCAAUCAGAAAAACAGUGAGGGGGUAACAGACCCUUAUGGAGAAAUGCCAGUACUUGAGAAUGAAUAUCUAAAGGAGGUCGUGCAACCUCUCGGAGAUUGCAAGGAGGAGGAAGAUCAUCUUGAGCAGAAGCAGGACGGAGAAGAUGAGGUGAUCACUGAAGGCAACGAGAACCGAUGCCAGGAUCAGGAACAUGAGGACGGACACAGGAUAGAGGAAGCUGACAAUCCACGUGUGCACAAAAGUGCACUCACAGCCAAGGGUGGAGCUGCUGAAGUCCUCUGCCCAUCAGUUACAGAAAAGCCAAUGUUUACCUGUGGGUUUUGUGGACGAAACCUCACGAACAGCACUGAAUUGAAGCGUCACAUUAUGCGACAUGGACUAUAAGAUUUUUCUUUAUGUUGCGGACGGUACAAGCAGCUUCCACUGUUGAUUUAUGUUUGGGAAGCUACAUUUUGUUUUCACGGACCGUCCUCUGCUCUUUUACUGUACUUUGUGUUUGUAAACACCCCGUUAACAAAUUAAUUUUUCAUGUUUUGUAGAUUUUAAACCUUUUUCUAAUUAAAUGUUUUUAUGGUACAGCUUUUAUGAGUAGGAUUUAAUUUGCAUGAUUCAAUAAAUAAAAGUUCAGAACCAA